GAACCAGACUCUGAAGAAGGACAAGAACCAGAUGAGAAUAAAGAACCAGACACAGAAGAAGGACAAGAACCAGAUGAGAAUAAAGAACCAGACUCUAAAGAAGGACAAGAACCAGUUGAGAAUAAAGAACCGGACACAGAAGUAGAAGGAACAGAUGAGAAUAAAGAACCGGACGCUGAAAAAGGACAAGAAACAGAUGAGAAUAAAGAACCGAAUGCUGAAGAAGGACAAGAACCAGUUGAGAAUAAAGAACCGGACGGUGAAACACAAGAACCAGAUGAGAAUAAAGAACCAGACAGUGAAGCACAAGAAACAGAUGAGAAUAAAGAACCAGACGCUGAAGAAGGACAAGAACCAGAUGAGAAUAAAGAACCGGAACCUGGAGUAGGACAAGAACCAGAUGAGAAUAAAGAACUGGACUCUGAAGAAGGACAAGACCAAGAUGCGAAUAAAGAACCAGACAGUGAAGCACAAAAAACAGAUGAGAAUAAAGAACCAGACGAUAAAGCACAAGAAACAGAUGAGAAUAAAGAACCAAAUGCUGAAAAAGGACAAGAACCAGAUGAGAAUAAAGAACCAGACUCUAAAGAAGGACAAGAACCAGUUGAGAAUAAAGAACCGGACACAGAAGUAGAAGGAACAGAUGAGAAUAAAGAACCGGACGCUGAAGAAGGACAAGAACAAGAUGAGAAUAAAGAACCAGACGGUGAAGCACAAGAAACAGAUGAGAAUAAAGAACCGAAUGCUGAAGAAGGACAAGAACCAGUUGAGAAUAAAGAACCGGACGGUGAAACACAAGAAACAGAUGAGAAUAAAGAACCAGACAGUGAAGCACAAGAAACAGAUGAGAAUAAAGAACCAGACGCUGAAGAAGGACAACAACCAGAUGAGAAUAUAGAACCGGAACCUGGAGUAGGACAAGAACCAGAUGAGAAUAAAGAACUGGACUCUGAAGAAGGACAAGACCAAGAUGCGAAUAAAGAACCAGACAGUGAAGCACAAAAAACAGAUGAGAAUAAAGAACCAGAUGAUGAAGCACAAGAACCAGAUGAGAAUAAAGAACCAGACUCUAAAGAAGGACAAGAACCAGUUGAGAAUAAAGAACCGGACACAGAAGUAGAAGGAACAGAUGAGAAUAAAGAACCGGACGCUGAAGAAGGACAAGAACAAGAUGAGAAUAAAGAACCAGACGGUGAAGCACAAGAAACAGAUGAGAAUAAAGAACCGAAUGCUGAAGAAGGACAAGAACCAGUUGAGAAUAAAGAACCGGACGGUGAAACACAAGAAACAGAUGAGAAUAAAGAACCAGACAGUGAAGCACAAGAAACAGAUGAGAAUAAAGAACCAGACGCUGAAGAAGGACAACAACCAGAUGAGAAUAUAGAACCGGAACCUGGAGUAGGACAAGAACCAGAUGAGAAUAAAGAACUGGACUCUGAAGAAGGACAAGACCAAGAUGCGAAUAAAGAACCAGACAGUGAAGCACAAAAAACAGAUGAGAAUAAAGAACCAGAUGAUGAAGCACAAGAAACAGAUGAGAAUAAAGAACCAAAUGCUGAAAAAGGACAAGAACCAGAUGAGAAUAAAGAACCAGAACCUGGAGUAGGACAAGAACCAGAUGAGAAUAAAGAACUGGACUCUGAAGAAGGACAAGACCAAGAUAGGAAUAAAGAACCAGACAGUGAAGCACAAAAAACAGAUGAGAAUAAAGAACCAGACGAUGAAGCACAAGAAACAGAUGAGAAUAAAGAACCAAAUGCUGAAGAAGGACAAGAACCAGAUGAGAAUAUAGAACCGGACUCUGAAAAAGGACAAGAACCAGAUGAGAAUAAAGAACCGGACACUGAAGAAGGACAAGAACCAGAUGAGAAUAAAGAACUGGACUCUGAAGAAGGACACGAACCAGUUGAGAAUAAAGAAGCGGACAGAGAAGCACAAGAAACAGAUGAGAAUAAAGAACCGGACACUGAAGAAGGACAAGAACCAGAUGAGAAUAAAGAACCAGAUGGUGAAGCACAAGAAACAGAUGAGAAUAAAGAACUGGACACUGAAGAAGGACAACAACCCCAUGAAGAACCAGAGACUGAAGAAGGACAAACAGAAGAGGGAAAAGAGCUAGAGAGUGAAGGCCAACAACUAGAUGAGAGAAAAGAACAAGACGACGAAGGACAACAACCCGAUGAGAAUAACGAACCAGAAACUGAAGAGGGACAACAGCCAGAUGAGAGAAAAGAACAUGGGGUUGAAGAAGGACAACAACUAGAUGAGAAUAAAGAACCAAAGCCUGAAGAAGGACAAGGAGACCAAAAUAAUAAUGAAAAUCCUGAUAAAGUGAUAGCACCAACACUGAAUCCUAUAAACUGGAUGGCAUCCUUAGCUGAUGACAAGAGGCUCUACUCCAUUACAAUCCCAGGCACACAUGAAAGUCUCACUUAUGAUGGGCUACUCCUUUACAGGUGCCAGGAACUUGAUUUACAAACUCAGCUUAGUGCUGGUGUGAGAUUCUUUGAUAUGGAGUUGAAGACAGGGAUUAUUGAUAAAACCACCCUUUAUGUCAAGAUCGGAAAUAUCUUCAAAUAUGUCAAGUUCAUAGAUGUUCUGAAUACUUUUAAAGUAUUUUUAAGUUAUCAGAAGUUAGAAACCUUGCUUUUACGACUUACUCCUGACACAAAUGCUGUUCACCUAGUAAACAACCUGUUUAGUGAAGACAUAAAUGUGUGGAAGGAACCAAACAUACCUUCAGUUUCUCAGGUAAGGGGCAAGAUAGUCUUGCUUCAAAGCUCAACCUUUCAUCUAGGGAUUGCCAGUGGCGUCACAUUUAGUUUUCAUAAUGGAAAACCAAAGGAAGAACAACUACCAGAAAACCUCAGCCAAGCUGGAAAGUAUUGUGUUGGUAACUUGGUUAUCACAGAUACCAGCUCUACAAAUAUAUUUGAUAUGCCGGAAAAAGUAGCAAAGAAAUUCAACACAGUGAUAGAUCACCAUCUAGAGAUGCUUUUACAUGACUCAAAUAGUCCAUCUUGUCUUGGAGUGAUUGCUAUGGAUUUUCCAGAUCAACAGAUCAUCAAGAAAAUUAUUGCUUUUAAUUUAAAAGGAGCAACAAAGUCAUCAUCAAAAAAUGAAAAGACAGAUGUAUAAGGAGGUGCACAGAUGCACAAGGACAGGCAUGAAGCUUGACAAAUUCAGUGCAUGAUUUCUGAAAAGGUGCAAUAGUUCUAAUAUUCCAACCUUAAUGACACCA